AUGUCGACCAGUACUGAGGAUGACUCGUCAGAGGAUCGCAUGAAUAUCCAACCCUCGUCCGGUGCGGGAGGUGUUUUUUCUUCUCGUGUAACACCGCGCAGGGCUCAUACGGCUGGAAACAAGACUGCAAAUCCCAAGGAGAUGGACGUGGAGGUCGCAUCCAUCUCGGACGGGCCUGAGUUGGAGGAAAGGGACUUCCACAGCAAGCAGGUAUUCAAAGGCUGGACACUGGCAUUGCUCGCAUAUCAAUCACUCGGGGUCAUCUAUGGCGACAUUGGGACAAGUCCUUUGUAUGUCUUCUCGUCUACUUUCAGCAGUGAACCGAGCCAUGAGGAUGUCCUCGGGGCGGUGUCGUUCAUCAUCUGGGCUCUCACCAUCAUGGUUACUAUCAAAUAUGUUUGCAUAGUACUCUAUGCAGAUGAUGAGGGCGAAGGAGGGACAUUCGCUAUAUAUUCCCUCCUAUCACGAUAUGCUAAUCUCGUCCGACACGACCCUCGCCACACAAAUCUUGUGAAAAUGCAACGACACAACACAAACGAGCUGAAAAAACCGAAUCUAAUAACUCGCAAUGUCAUGGAGCGAAGCGCGUUCAUCAAAUGGACACUCAAAAUCAUCGGCGCAUUUGGCUCUAUUCUUGGGGCAAUUCAAGGGAUUACUGUCGUGAACCCGGAUAUCUCUUCCCCCACCGUCGUCGGUGUAUCAUGUGCAAUCCUCGUCUUCGUUUUCCUUAUCCAGCCCUUUGGAACCAGCAGAAUUGCAACCACCUUUGCUCCAAUUGUUAUACUAUGGAUGGUUUUCAAUCUGUCGUUCGGGAUCUAUAACCUGGUCCAUUAUGAUGCAUCCGUACUCAAAGCGUUCUCUCCCUACUUCGCGGGUUCGUUCUUGGUGCGAAAUGGGAGAGACGGAUGGCUUCAGUUGGGAGGAAUCUUGCUCGCCUUUACCGGUGUUGAGACAUUGUUCGCAGACCUGGGAGCAUUUAGCCAACGGGCAAUUCGGAUCUCUUGGCUCUUUUUCGUCUAUCCGUGUCUUCUAGUGUCGUAUAUUGGCCAAGGCGCUUAUAUUAGUCGAGUGCCCAGUGCGUAUGCUAAUCCGUUUUACCUCUCUUUGCCACCUGGGAUGAUAUAUCCAAGCCUCGUGGUCGCAAUCCUAGCGUGUAUUGUCGCAAGUCAGGCCGUCAUCACUGGAUCAUUUCAGUUGCUUUCCCAAAUCAUGAAGUUAUCAUACUUCCCUCAGAUUCAAACUUACCAUACUUCAAAGACUGUCCACGGACAAGUGUACAUCCCUCUCGCCAACUGGCUCAUGAUGAUUGGAAGUGUUAUUGUGACAGCCGUCUACAACAAUACCACUGCCCUCGGCGAAGCCUAUGGAGCAUGUGUUAUACUUGUCUCAUUCCUGACGACCUGCAUGGUGACAGUUGUUGCACUUAUUGUGUGGAGGCUGCCUGUGUACUUGGUCCUUCCUGUGUUCCUGAUUUUCGCUCUCUGGGAUGGCAUGUUCCUCUCGGCCGCCUUAAGCAAGGUUCCACAUGGUGCAUGGUUCACGCUGAUGCUAGCUGCUAUUUUGACCUGCAUUUUUGUCCUCUGGCGGUACGGAAAAGAGGAGCAGUGGAAAGCAGAAGAGUCCGAUAAUACACCUCUGUCCCGGACGACCGUGUUGAGAGAAAACAAGCUUCUCCUACAGAAUGGUUCAGAGAAUUCUACCCUUACCCCGAUCAACGGUCUGGGGAUAUUCUUCGACAAAUCUGGCAUGUCGAAUAACACACCAAGUGUUUUCCUUCACUUCAUCCAAAAGUUCAGCGCUGCACCUGAGGUGACCGUUUUCCUUCAUCUGCGACCCUUGUCCGUGCCCACAAUCGCUCCAGAAGAACGGCUGAUCGUCCGCCAUGGAUAUACUGAUGAGAUAGUCACACCUGACCUUGGGGUCUUGGUUCACGAUCUAGUUCGGAGCUAUCUAACCUCCCAAAAUAAUUCCAAAUCACUAGAGAGUGAUAAGGAAAAGUUGGAUGCGCUUGAUCGGGCGUGGAACUCUCAGGUGAUCUACAUUGUGGGAAAAGAGCAGUUAAAGGUUCCGGCGGAGUCGAACAUCCUUCGUCGACUGUUCCUCUGGGCAUUCUUGUGGAUGCGAGAUGCUAGCCGAACCAAAGUUCAACACUUGAAUGUUGAGACUGACAGGGUGGUGGAGGUUGGCUUUGUGAAGAAAAUGUAA